ACUUGAUGAUCUGUGAGGUCUCUUCCAACCUUGGUGAUACUGUGAGUUACUGUGCCAGUUACUUCACCGUCACGCAGCGUUCCAAGCUCUCAGAGCUGAACCUUGUCGGGAAACACGAUACAAAGCCCAGCUGCGCUAACCCCACCUGUGUCUGUUUUGAACCGGAGUUUAACACUCGGCACGUUCAGCGCUCUUCACCCGAGGAGCAGCGUGGACUACGCACCUACUCGCUGGCAAAUCAAGUGGCCGUUCUUGCAGCCCUCCCGCAGACACAGAUAACUUUUCUUGGUUUUUUUUCCCCCCCCUCUGCCCCUAACCCCGCGCCAAACAGACCCCAUCCGGACCCCGCGGGGCCAUGCCCAACACACGCUCCCCGCCGCCAUUUAAACACUCAGGAAACGGCGUGCGGCAGCCGCGCCCUGUAAUUGGGCGGUGCUCUGCAAGGACGCCCCCUAGCGCUUCCCACCCCGCCGCCCUGAUGGGCCCCGUUACCUUCGCUCUGGGGUUGGCAGUAAGGCGUCGCCAGCGGUACAGCUCCGGCCUGUGCCCCGGCAAGGCCAUGGCCGCACCGGGCACCCCCGCGGACCGCCCGCCUCCCUCAGAGUAGCGCACCGCGUACGGCAGCGGCUUCGCCAUGGCAACGCCGCCGUGCGGGCGGGGAGCGGAAGGGAGGUGCUUUGCACUCCGGCGCACGUUGAUGAUGCUCCGUGAGGCGAUUGGGAUAGGUCCGGGAAGCGGAGAGGCCCGCGGUCUCUGCGGCCGUUGCCCUGCACAAGUCGGGAAAGGCGCUGCGGGGCCGACCAUGAAGAUGCAGCUGUGCGGAGCGGGCUGCGGGCGGCUGGGGACGCUGGCGGGCCUGGGCAGGAGCGGGGCCGCAGCUCUGACGCUGCCCGGCUGCCUGCUUUACACGCGGACCGGCUCGGCGCCGCACCUCACCCACGACACGCUGCAGGUGGUGAGCGGCGUCCCCGCCGUGGCCCAGCUCACCUUGCCCACCGUGGCAGAACUUCAUGAGGUACUGGAAGAAUAUAAAGAAGGAGCUGCAAAAUUUAUAGGUAUGCCAGACACCGUGCUCUACUGCUCCCUUCUCGACCCGGCUGCUCCCUGUCCAUCUGGCUACAACACUAACAAGACAGUGUCCCUGUGGGGAACCUCGGGGCGCAUGGAAUUGACAGCUUCCAAGUUCAUGGACAUACAGCGGGCCAUCCAGCCAGACUGGUUCCAGUGCAUUUCUGAUGGAGAUACCAUUUCUGGAGAAGUUAGUAGAAAAAGGGCCAAGAAGUCUGUGGAUAGAUCUCUUUCCUUCCUGGAUGUAUGCCUUCAGCUGCUAGAAAAAUCACCGGAACUGCAAGGAAGUGCAAUGUUUGGGGCAAUUGAAGGUGGAGAUAUCUUGGAAGAAAGGCUCAGAUCAGCCAGGGAGACUGCCAAGCGACCUGUAGGUGGCUUUGUGCUAGACGGCUUCCAGGGAUCUGCCAUGAUCAAGGAGACCAAGCUGAAACUGAUAGCUUCUGUCACAGCAGAGCUGCCAGAGGAUAAACCAAGAAUCAUCCAUGGUAUAGGCAGACCAGAUGAGGUGCUUGAGUGCAUUGAAAGGGGAGUGGACAUUUUUGAGAGCUUCUUUCCCUUCCAAGUGACAGAGCGAGGCUGUGCCUUGGUUUUCAGUUAUGACUGCCAUUCAGAUCCGGAAGCAGCAGUUUUAAACCAGAAUGGGGCCCAGGACGUGGAGAAGAACGGUGCUGAAAACCAGGAUGAAAUCUCCAAAGCUGACCCAGAAAUGACACCGUUUGAGAUAUUUCUGAAGGACAAAAGAUACCAAGAUGAUUUUGGUCCUGUGUUGGAAGGAUGCACCUGUUACUGUUGUCAGAGGCACACUCGUGCCUAUGUCCACCACCUCCUCGUGACCAAUGAGCUGCUGGCUGGUGUCCUGCUCAUGAUGCACAAUUUCCAGCACUACUUCAGUUUCUUCAGUGCCAUACAGGAUGCCUUAAGAGACAAUAAACUGGAUCAGCUGAAAAAGCUUGUCUUCAAGCAGGCACUCCAAGGACCAGCAAAUGCAAAGCCAGGCCAGUGAACUCAAAGAGCAGAGAGGAGGCUGCAGGCUACUUCCUUAACAAUGGGACUAUGUAAGGUGGACUGCCAGCAGGGUCACCUGGACCUGUUAAUAGUAAAGUGUCUGCCUUCCUGGAGGGAAUUAAAGGAGGCAUUUGAAGAAGAUCUCACUUCCUCAAGGGGAAGGAAGACCUUGUUCAAACAGUUAAUCAGCUUGUUACAUUCUUGGGGUAAGAAAAGCCUGAACAGCUCCACAAAAGACCAGUAUGGAGAGCUUCGUUUUUCAUUACUGAUCUUUGGGUUUUGAUGUGGAAGGACAGAAUUAAUUGAACUUGUGGGUGCAGAGGAAGCAGGGUGUAUACUUAAAACUAAUACAAUGCCUUAGCAGCUGUUUGCAACUCUCAUUCCAUACCUGACAGAUAUUACAGGUAAUUACUUUUCUAGGAAAUUCUUGUGGUGUGAUUGUCCCAUCAUGCAGCUCCUUGAUGAGACAUCCCACCCUGUGGACAUUGCCAUGAUCGGUGUCCUUGAAAAGAGCUGGUUGAAAGCGCUGCUGUGUUCAGUGUCACAAAGUACUCUGUAUGUGAUUCUUCCUCAGGCUACUUGCAGUGUGGAAUAUUCUCUGGGCCAGGAGGACCUCCUUCACCUUGGCCUGGCCUUGAAAACUGCUGCCUCAGGAAUUCCAGUCUGCGGCAUCAGAAAGAAGAGAAAGUGUUUAAUCCAUGUCCUGCUAUAGAGGGCUUUUAUGACUAUCUACCCUUUCACCUGCAUGAACUGAGAUUUUGCUCCUUCAUUAGCUUGUAGAUGGUAAUGAAUGGACCAGUUGUCCUACCACUGGUCAAGUAACAGGCCACAUAAAUGUCAGUGCAAGGUGGAGAGGUGGAAGAAAUGUAUCACAGGAAAAGGCGUUUAGAAACUAUUCUUGUGGCUCCUUGUUUUAAAAUACAACUUAGUUAUGUCACAUUCCUCUUACUUGGUUUGUUGGGGUUUAUGGUGGUGUGUGUUUUUACAGGCUCUUACCUGGGAAUCCUGGAUUUAUUCAUCUUGUGUUACAAAGCAACAGUAAACAAAUUUUAGUAUUCCUUA